UCCAAAUAUUAAUCUAUAUCAGGGGUGGCCAACAUGUCUAUAGCGAUCGAUCAGUCGAUCACGAAGCCACUUAUAUAUAAAUAUAAGAAUAUCUGUAGAUCGCCAAUUGCCGAAGCUGUCCUUAUAUAUUUGAUAGAAAAGCAAUAUCUUUGCACUCUAUGGUAUGUAGAUAGUGCAGCUCUUGGAGAAGGUCACGUUGAUUCUUUGCCUGAUCCAAGGGCUAUUCAGACAUUGAGAAAGCAUUCCGCCGCUAGAUAUCUUCAUCGCGCUAGACAGAUUCAUCCAAGUGACUUUGUUAAAUACGAUUACAUUUUCGGCAUGGACCUGAACAACAUCUCUGCUUUGAAAAGUCAAGCAAAGGAAGUUCAAAACAGUAAAGCUAAAAUUUUAUUGUUAGGUGAUUAUGAUCCACAAGGUGAACGCAUCAUACGGGACCCAUACAACGAUGACGAUUUGAACGGAUUUGAGCAAUGUUACCAACAAUGCAUGCGAUGCUGUAACGCUUUUCUUGAGCAAAAUCCCCACACUACGGGGUAGUCUGGCGAAUUUGCCUUUCCAUUUCUAAUAACUCGUCAAUCUCCAAAUCAAUCUGAAACAGACCACUUGUUAAUAAACCAUUUAUUUUCUUGUAAUCUCUCCCAGACAUGAUACGUUUCUAGUAUCUCCUGUUGUUAAUAGGAUUGAAGAAGUCUAAAAACAUUACAUGCCCUACAAAAAUAGUCCAAGUAUUAAAUAAUAACGAUCGGUUUGUUAAACAUGUUUAAAUUGCCUUCAAUGCGAGUUUUGAAAAUAGACCCAAACUUAGCUUGCGAUUCAAACUUUUCUCGCUUUCUUCAUCAUAGUCGAAUUCAGCAUCUG